AUGUGGAUGGUGCAGCCAGAGAUGAAAAGGACUUCGGGAAUCCUGGCCAGGGAGCCAGGCGCCAGACUGGAAAAAGCUCCUAAGUGUCAGGAAUGUGGGAAAAGCUUUAGCCGAGGUCCUUACCUUGUUCGGGAUUGGAGAAUCCACACGGGAGAAAAGCCGGACAAGUGCGGCGAAUGCGGGAAAGGCUUCAGCGAGCGCUCCGACCUCACUGCCCACCUAAGGCUGCACACGGGGGAGAGACCCUACCGCUGUGGGCAGCGUGGGAAAAGCUUCAACCAGAGGUCCGGCCUCGGCGUCCACCGGAGAACCCACACCGGGGAGAAGCCUUACCGGUGCACCGUCUGUGGGAAGAGCUUCAACAACAGCUCCCGGCUCAGCGCUCACGGGCGAGCCCACGCCCGGCGGAGCCCCCACCCGUGUGCGCAGCGUGGGAGAAGCUUCGGCAGCAGCUCCCACUCCAGUGGCCACCAGAAAACGCACACCGGGGAGAAGCCUCACAACUGCUCUGUGUGAGAGAAGCUUCGCUAAGCUCCGUGCCCCCAUCUGCCAUCAGGGGGCACACGAGGACGACACCUCACAUCGCCAGGAAGGGACA